AUCCACCAAUCCACUAAUCCCUAUAUCACCUUUCUCCCAGUACCAUACAAGAUACUUCCCUUGCCGUUCAAACAUGCUCUGUUCAUGGAACUGAUCAAAGGAGAGAAUUCGAGCUGAAAAAGAGACCCAUUCCAUUCCAGGCCACGCAAGCGGUGACUAGGAGGAUGACGGCACGGGGGCCCCUCGGUGGAGGUGAUAGUGCAUGUGUGAUAUAAUGGAUGAAUCGUUGUGCAUUAGUGGGAUGUAUAUGUCCAUGCCGUCGUUGCCGAGUGAGAUGGGUCUGUUAGUUAAUAAGAAUAUGUACAUCUUCACAUGGAUGAAGCCUGGGCUGAGCUGACAUACAUAUAAAACCCUCAUCUACCCCUCUCUUCACGGACUCUUGGGAUACUAUACAUCAACACUCUCUUCAUCUCUACUACUCAUUCAAUCUUCUCAACGUUUGAAACUUUUGGAAAUACCUGAAUCCAUCAAGAUGCCUUUCGGAUGGAGUAAGUUUUAUGCCAAUAUAAUAAGGUGCAAACAAGAUAUACAUACUAAUACCUUCCCAGACGAAGCCCAAGAUGCCCACAGACAAUACUCCGACCAAGAAACCCACAACGAAUCCAGCUUCGGGCACGAACUCCUAGCAGGCGCCGCAUCCUUCGGAGCCUUCAAAGUCUUUGAGGAUCGUCAACGUGCUGAAGGUGUGUCCCCUCCCCUCAAACUCGCCCUCACUCUCACCCCCUCCACAAAAUCCUUUUCUUUUCACUAACACUUUUUAUGUUUUGUGUAGGCAAACCCGUCUCUCACGCCUUCGCAAAAGAACUCCUCGCCGGCUUUGCAGGAGCAGAAGUCGAUAAGUUGGCUGAGACCAAGGGAUUGGAUUACAUUGAUCGUGAGAAGGCGAAGAGACAUGCGAGCGAGAAUGUGGAGCAUAUGUAUGAUGAGCAUUAUGUUAGGGGGCAGAGGGCGGGGGAGUAUGAUCCGUAAGUUUAUUUUUAAGUUUGAUUUUGUUGUUGGUGUUAUGUGUGGUGUUUGGCGUUUGGUGGAGGAUGGAGGGAUGGAUGGAUGGAUGGAUGCUGAUUGGAGAUAGAAAUCGAUAUAAGGCUCCGCAGGCUAUUCAACGGAGGGAGUGGUAGGUUUUUGGGAUUUUGUGGGGAGGGAGGGUAUUGAGAGAUGCUUUUUUGUGGAGGAAGGGGAAGGGGAAGGGGAUACGAGUAGGGAAAAGUUAACUAGCGGGUGCUAGAUGAAUAAAACAAUUUUCUUGGGUUGUUCAUAGGGUAUUAGUUUUGCAAUGUAAAGAGAUGUGAGCGGGGUAGAUCGGAAACAAGGAACAGUGAUAAAAUAUCUGGUCAUUACUCCGUGCAUACUGUACACAAUUUUAUUAGACUAAACUUCUA